UGUACUUUAGUUCCUCAGUUCUUUAUUUUUGCAGAGGCAGAAACAUAAGCUCUUGAUUUUUUUUUUUUAAAGUGCUGCUGACAGAGUUAACUUUUUGCUCCAUCAUGUAUAACCGCGGAAUAGCAGUAACAAGUGAAAGAUGUAAUAAAUUAGACAUGUCUUCAUUUUAGAGAGAAGAUGGAACCAUCAUUGGUUUUCUUUUCUCAGUUAAAUAUGUGCGAACCAAAAGAAAAAACUUUUUUCAAGUUAAUACAUGGUUCAGGAAAAGAAGAAACAAGCAAAGAAGCCAAAAUCAGAGCUAAGGAAAAAAGAAAUAGGCUAAGUCUUCUUGUGCAGAAACCUGAGUUUCAGGAAGAUACUCUCUCCAGUAGAUCUGGGCAACUGGCCACAGAAACAAGAAUCUCCCCUGAAGAAGCAGCGAUAUGGGGUGAAUCAUUUGACAAACUGCUUUCCCACAAAGGUGGACUGGAGACUUUUACCAGAUUUCUUAAAACUGAAUUCAGUGAGGAAAACAUUGAAUUUUGGAUAGCCUGUGAAGAUUUCAAGAAAAGCAAAGACCCUCAGCAAAUAAUUCGUAAAGCAAAAGCAAUAUAUGAGAAAUUUAUACAGAAUGAUGCUCCACAAGAGGUUAACCUUGAUUUUCACACCAAGGAAAUCAUCACCAAGAGCAUCACCCAACCCACCCUCCACAGUUUUGAUGCUGCACAGAGCAGAGUGUAUCAGCUCAUGGAACAAGACAGUUACACACGUUUUCUGAAAUCUGACAUCUAUUUAGACUUGAUAGAAGGAAGACCUCAGAGACCAACAAAUCUUAGAAGACGAUCACGUUCAUUUACCUACAAUGAAUUCCAGGAUGUAAAGUCAGAUGUUGCCAUUUGGCUGUAAAGAAAAUUAAUUUUGCUCAUUUUGCUGGCAAGCUUGUACAUCUGCUUCUAGGAUAUACCAUGUUUAUGUUAACAAAUGGGUAUGUCUUUUAAAAUAAAGUGAGUCAUUUGAAAUGAUUUUAAAAAUGCAAACCAAAACUUUCAUUCUAACAAUAUAUACUUUAUCUGCCAAGAUAUUCUGUAAAAGCUUCCAUCUGACUUCAUUUCAUUCAUAGUCAGAAAAACUUACUGCUUAACUAAAAGGCAGUAAAGAAGUAAUAAUGUUGUAUAAGAUUUUAAAGUUAAGUAAAGGCUAAGCUUUCGCAAAAUUGUCAACAGUUUAGCCAAAUAUCUACUUUGGACUUUUUUCUAGAUGUAAACUAUAUAAUGCUCAGUUAGCCAUAUAUUCAGACAACAUUUUCUGUAAUGAUGAAGUUUCCCUCUGGCUCAGUUAUGGAGAGUGUAGAAGUGACCCACUUUUUACAAUGGGAGAGGAUGAUCAUUUUUUAUUGGAUUACUAACCCUGGCUCAAGAAUAGCGAUUCAUCACUUCUAGUUAUAAGCCAGCAACAGGAACUUUUGGGAGGACACAUUCAUCUCUAAGGAACUCCCAGGUCAUACAUAACCUAAGCUGAUCAUCAAGAAUGGGACCCACACUUGGCCUCAUUCCUAAGUGAGCAUGGACUCACCCAGUUUCACGGAGCCCCUUCUGCUGGUCACAGAAACAUGACCAAAUAAUGCAAGAGUUCCAGGUUAGGACUGAGUGGAGCAUCUUCUCAUCUGUGAGGAGAACUUGCCACUAAAUUAGUGGGCAGUCAGUCAUUUGAAUGAUGACCAGAGAAAGUUUAUCCCUGGAGUAAUGAGCCUUCAUUUUUGGAAUAAGAGGAAAUUAAGAGGCAAGGAGUCCAAGGCCCUGGAAACUCAGGCACCUGCCACACUGGCUCAUAUUCAGAUAGUGUUCCUCCACGGAUCAUGUUCUUAUUCCAAAUCUCACUGAAUCAUUUCAUACUAUAUUAUUCAAAUAAGAUGAUGCUAAUAGGUAUAUAUGUCUCUACUUACAGGGAAAUAUUUACUUUUAGAUGUAUGUUGCAUGGUCUAUAAAUGUUUGUAUUUAAAAUGUCACACAUUUUGCUUUGGCAAAUGUUAUUUUAGUUGAGUUGUAAAAUAUAAAACUGUAGA